UUCACAUCUGAAAGCAUUCAAAAUUCUCGAGACUUCUCUUCAAACCAUUAUCUUCUCAAAUCAACACAACAAUGGGGUUUCGUUUACCUGUUAUCAGAAAGGCCUUAUUUGCAGCAAAUCAAAUUGCAGUCUAUGUUGGAGAGAAAAUGAAGCGGUUUGUGAUCCCUGUGUCGUUCUUGAACCAACCCUCGUUUCAGGACUUGUUGAGUAAAGCUGAGGAAGAGUUUGGAUAUGAUCAUCCCAUGGGUGGCCUUACAAUUCCUUGCAGCGAAGAUGUCUUCUUAAGUAUAACGUCUUGCUUCAACUGAUCUUAAAUCUCACACUUUAGGACACCGACAUAGAUUAGUGGAGAAAUUUUGUACAAUAGGACUUUUCUUAACUUGUUUCCCUUUUUCAAGAAAGAGGGAAAAGAAAGCGAAUGACAAUAUCAAAUUAUAUCAUUCUUUUGUUUAUAUG